AUGACCUCGUUACCGAUGGUCGCCCCGAUAUUUCCGGCGGGGAAGGAGCCGUUACCGCCUGGCAUCACCGACGAGGAGAAAGCCCAGUAUGAGCAGAUGAAGCGCUGGCAGGGCUACACCACCAUGGCCAUGGAAUCCUGUGUUGCGAAGACCGCGAUCGCGGGUGUCGGAGGCUUUGCGAUCGGCGCCUUCUUUUCGCUCAUGUCUGCGUCCUUCGCGUAUGAGGAUCCGCUGUUGCGAGAUCAGAUGGCAGAGCGGAUGAACACGAAGCAGAAGACGGUUGCGUACUUCAAGGAUAUGGGCAAGGGCAUGUACCGUAGCGGGAGCGGUUUUGCCAAGGUCGGCGCGUUGUUUGCGGGGAUAGAGUGCGUUAUCGAAUCGUAUCGAGCGAAGAACGACAUGGUCAACCCCGUGGCGGGCGGCUUUAUCGUCGGUGGCAUCUUAGCCAGGAACUCGGGUCCCAAAGGUGCCUUAUUAGGUGGCUUGGGCUUCAGCGCGUUUUCUGCCGCCAUCGACAUGUUCUUAAGGCGGGAGCCAGCAGACGAUGACUGA